AUAAUCUCUCUCUCAGUGAUGUCAGCUGAUGUGCUCAACCCUACGUCUCCCAACCCCUCUGUCUCGUCCAUCUCUCUGGUUGAGAUCAAGGCAGACACUCGUCUGGUGCUGAAAGCUUUCCUCCGCAGCGCUCUCUCCAAUCCUUCGGCCGAGCAGCCUGGGACGGUGGGGGGAAGCUACAAAGACCACAACAAGUACAGGUAACAACUCUCACAUAGGCCUACCCCCUCUCAUCCAGGUUGUUAUCUGUCACCCCAAUCACCUCACAUCCCUGCCACCCCCUCAUCCCAGUUGUAUGUUUUUAAAAACACCACGCAAUAUUCUUGAACCUUUAUUUUUAACUGAAUCUUUUUUUUUGCAAUCAAUCCAACCCUCCUACCUCUCUUAUCCUUCUUCCCGGUCUCUUCCUUCCAGUGCAAAGGAGUCGAGGAAGCGGCCGGACAAUGGCUGGGACUCUCCGGAUGAAACGAUCAGCUCAGUGGAGAAGAAACACGGCUUGAAGGACCUCAUAAAGAGACAACUGCAGCCGCGGCCCUCCACCUUGUCCCUCCGUCGCUCAGCUAAAGGCAGCGAUGCAGACAAGACACAAAAUGGUGGCUCCUUGGAGAAGGAUGGCAGACCAAACAGAACCAACCCAGGCCUGGCAGGCUUCGUCAGAGACAAACUUGAGGUGAGAUGGAUUCAUGUUGUUAUUCACAACACAUUAUUAAAUAUGUACAAAAAAAUUACAUGACACAUCAUUGGUUGGUGUCCCAAUCUCACACCAAGCCCUUAGGCCCAUUUUAAGAGUUUUGUGGGGUUUUAGGUCAGACAGAGAAGACCUGUGACCGAUUUGGCUACUGUUUUAAGUUCCAGACAAGACCUCAUUGAUCCUAGAGCAAAACUGCUCCUGUGAAUUCUAGAAAAAAUCUAUGGAUUGUAAUAAGUUGUGGAAUGUGGUUGUGAUAUAGAAAAAGCUGUGAUUAUCUGUUCUUAUACAUUAUAUGAUAUGUUCACUACCGUUCAAAAGUUUGGGGUCACUUAGAAAUGUCCUUGUUUUCCAUGAAAACAUACAUGAAAUGAGUUUGAAUAGGAAAUAUAGCAAAAUGCAUAGGAAAUGUAGUCAUUGACAAGAUUAGAAAUAAUGAUUUUUGAUUGAAAUAAUAAUUGUGUCCUUCAAACUUUGCUUUCAUCAAAUAAUCCUCCAUUUGCAGCAAUUACAGCCUUGCAGACCUUUGGCAUUCUAGUUGUCAAUUUGUUGAGGUAAUCUGAAGAGAUUUCACCCCAUGCUUCCUGAAGCACCUCUCACAAGUUGGAUUAGCUUAAUGGGCACUUCUUACGUACCAUACGGUCAAGCUGCUCCCACAACAGCUCAAAAGGUUUGAGAUCCGGUGACUGUGCUGGCCACGCCAUUAUAGACAGAAUACCAGCUGACUGCUUCUUCCCUAAAUAGUUCUUGCAUAGUUUGGAGCUGUGCUUUGGGUCAUUGUCCUGUUGUAGGAGGAAAUUGGCUCCAAUCAAGCGCCGUCCACAGGGUAUGGCAUGGCGUUGCAAAAUUGAGUGAUAACCUUCCUUCUUCAAGAUUGUUAGAUUAAUUUGGAUUUUAAGAAUAAUGACUAAAGGAUUGCACCCCAAAUACAGUAUAAAUGUUAGAAUUAUCAUGUAGUGUCAACCCACUAACAGAGGGGGCGGUACUAAACAUUCAAUGGGCAUCUGUAUGCCUAUGUAGAUAUUCCAUAAAAAAUCUGCCGUUUGCAGCUACAAUAGCCAUUUACAACAUUAACAAUGUCUACACUGUAUUUCUGAUCAAUUUGAUGUUAUUUUAAUGGAUAAAAAAAUUGCUUCUCUUUCAAAACCAAGGACAUUUCUAAGUGACCCCAAACUUUUGAACGGUAGUGUGUAUGAUAUGUGUAUAUAUAAAUAUUGCUAACGUUAUCCAUCAUUGUUACUAUUACCUCAGGAAGACGUUGGGUCCUCCACGUCAGAGGAAGAUGGGAAUGAGACGAAACAUCAGAAAAAGGCAAAGAAGAAGAAGUUGAAGAGCCAGAUCUCCUCUUUCUUCAGCAUAAAAAAGAAGCCAGAAAAGGAUAAAGACAAGGAUGAGAUGCGUCUUGAGAGGCCUUCCACGCUGACCUUCGGUGUAGGGCCAGUACCCGUGGCGCCAGUCCUCUCUCCCAGUAAGCAUUUUGGAACAGAACGGUCGGCAGCAAUGAAUGUUUGCCUCAAAGUAUCAUAUUUAUUAGGGGUUCAGCAGCGAUUGGCUCAUAGUGGCCAUAUUGUUUGAGCUGGAGUCCUGGAAAAUCUAGCGGUUGAAGACAUGGGUACAUAGACCCAAUUUGGUACCAAUCGGUCCAGCGGUUCUGGAGAAGAUGUUUAAAGUAGUCAACAUCAUAAAAAAUUGUCCAAAAUACCUCAAAAGCACAUCUGUUCGAUAUUGAGUUCUGAUAUUGGGCAAGCCUGAUGAGGUAGCUCAUCAAAGGGGCACAGUGGCCCCACAACUUGAACCCUGGCAUUGCUAUUUGCAGCUAUAUUUAUUAUUAUUACGGGUUCAAGCAGUGAAGCUGGGUGAAACCCUAUUUCUCUGCGUUCGGAAAGUAUUCAGACCCCUUGACUUUUUCCACAUUUUGUUACAUUACAGCCUUGUUCUAAAAUGUAUUAAAUAAAACAUUGUCCUCAUCAAUCUACACACUAUACCCCAUAAUGACAAAGCGAAAACAGGUUUUUAGAAGUUCUUGCAAAUGUAUAAAAACAGAAAACGUAUUUACGUAAGUAUUCAGACCCUUUGCUAUGAGACUUGAAAUUGAGCUCCGGUGCAUCCUGUUUCCAUUGAUCAUCCUUGAGAUGUUUCUACAACUUGAUUGGAGUCUACCUGUGGUAAAUUCAAUUUAUUGGACAUGAUUUAGAAAGGCACACACCUGUCUAUAUAAGGUCCCACAGUUGACAGUGCAUGUCAGAGCAUAAACCAAGCCAUGAGGUCGAAGGAAUUGUCCGUAGAGCUCAGAGACAGGAUUGUGUCGAGGCACAGAUCUGGGCAAGGGUACCAAAACAUUUCUGCAGCAUUGAAGGUCCCGAAGAACACAGUCGCCUCCAUCAUUCUUAAAUGGAAGACGUUUGGAACCACCAAGACUCUUCCUAGUGCUGGCCGCCCGGCCAAACUGAGCAAUCGGGGGAGAAGGGCCUUGGUCAGGGAGGUGACCAAGAACCCGAUGGUCACUCUGACAUGGCUCCAGAGUUCCUCUGUGAAGAUGGGAGAAUCUUCCAGAAGGACAACCAUCUCUGCAGCACUCCACCAAUUAGGCCUUUAUGGUAGAGUGGCCAGAUGGAAGCCACUCCUCAGUGAAAGGCGCAAGACAGCCCGCUUGGAGUUUGCCUAAAGACACCUAAAGACUCUCAGACCAUGAGAAACAAGAUUCUCUGGUCUGAUGAAACCAAGAUUGAACUUUUUGGCCUGAAUGCCAAGCAUCACGUCUGGAGGAAACCUGGCACCAUCCCUACGGUGAAGCAUGGUGGUGGCAGAAGCAUCAUGCAGUGGGGAUGUUUUUCAGUGGCAGGGACUGGGAGACUAGUCAGGAUCGAGGGAAAGAUGAACAGAGCAAAAUACAGAGAUCCUUGAUGAAAACUUGAUCCAUAGUGCUCCGAACCUCAGACUGGGGCAAAGGUUCACCUUCCAACAGGACAACGACCCUAAGCACACAGCCAAGACAACACAGGAGUGGCUUCGGGACAAGUCUCUGAAUGUCCUUGAGUGGCCCUUCCAGAGCCCGAACUCUAACCCGAUCGAAUAUCUCUGGAGAGACCUGAAAAGAGCUGUGCAGUGACACUCCCCAUCCAACCUGACAGAGCUUGAGAGGAUCUUAAGAGAAUAAUGAGAGAAACUCCCCAAAUCAUACCCAAGAAGACUCCAGGCUGUAAUUGCUGCCGAAGGUGCUUCAACAAAGUACUGAGUAAAGGGUCUGAAUACUUAUGUAAAUGAGAUAUUUCAGUUUAAUUUUUUGUAUUAAUGUGCAAAAAUUUAUAAAAGCCUGUUUUUGCUUUGUCAUUAUGGGGUAUUGUGUAUAGAUUGAUGAGGGGGGGGGGGGGGGGGGGGGGGAAACAAUUUCAUUUAAUCCAUUUUAGAAUAAAGCCGUAACGUAACAAAAUGUGGAAAAAGUCAAGGGGUCCAAAUACUUUCUGAAUGCACUGUAUUUGCUGGCUAUUAUUAUUAUUAUUAUUAUUAUUAUUAUUAUUAUUAUUAUUAUUAUUAUUAUUAUUAUACAUCUUCCGCCAAGGAAAAUUAACAUGAAUUGAAAAUGCUAAAUUUGAAAGCUCACGCCCCUCACCCCGUUUGAGCUAGAGUCCUGAAAUUCAGUAUAUAGGUCCCAUGAGGGCCCAUGAGGUCCGCCAUGAUGGAUUUUACGCCAUUUAGAAACACUUAAAAUGACCAAUCUGCAUGAAACUUGACAUGUGGCAUCUAUGGACCAAUGUCUCUCAACGCAAUAUUUUUCAGACUAGAACCUAAAACAACUAGUACCUAUUGACCAAUAAACAUUCACAUGGGUGUGGUCUCGCACAUAAAUGCCAACCACAUGGUGGCGCUAUAACAGGCACAUUUCUAUAUCGCUUGAUCUGUUUGAGUGAGGAAAUUUGGCACACAUGUACAAGGACAUGAGACUAUCUAACUUUUAAAGUAUGGUUGAGUUUGGCCACAUUGUGGCACUGUUGGAUGGGGAAAAAACAUUUAAUGCAAGCUCAUUGGCUCAUAGUGGCCAUAUUGUUUGAGCAAUAUUGUUUGAGCAGGGCUUGCAAACUAUUACAGACUACAAAGGGAAGCACAGCCGCAAGCUGGCCAGUGACACGAGCCUACCAGACGUGCUAAAUCACUUCUAUGCUCACUUCAAGGCAAGCAACAUUGAAGCAUGCAUGAGAGCAUCAGCUGUUCCGGAUGACUAUGUGAUCACACUCUCCGUAGCCGAUGUGAGUAAGACUUUUAAGCAGGUCAACAUUCACAAGGCCGCAGGGCCAGACGGAUUACCAGGACGCGUACUCCGAGCAUGCGCUGACCAACUGGCAAGUGUCUUCACUGACAUUUUCAACAUGUCCCUGACUGAGUCUGUAAUACCAACAUGUUUCAAGCAGACCACCAUAGUCCCUGUGCCCAAGAACACUAAGAUAACCUGCCUAAAUGACUACCGACCCGUAGCACUCACGUCUGUAGCCAUGAAGUGCUUUGACACAUCAACACCAUUAUCCCAGAAACCCUACAACCACUCGAUUUUGCACACCGCCCUAACAGAUCCACAGAUGUUGCAAUCUCUGUUGCCCUCGGUCCCCUCCUGUACUCCCUGUUCACCCAAGACUGCAUGGCCAGGUACAACUCCAACACCAUCAUUAAGUUGGCCGACGACACAACAGUAGUAGGCCUGAUCACCGACAACGAUGAGACAGCCUAUAGGGAGGAGGUCAGAGACCUGGCCGUGUGGUGCCAGGAUAACAACCUCUCCCUCAACGUGAUCAAGACAAAGGAGAUGAUUGUGGACUACAGGGGAAAAAAAGAGGACUGAGCAUGCCCCCAUUCUCAUCGACGGGGCUGUAGUGGAACAGGUUGAGCGCUUCAAGUUCCUUAGUGUCCACAUCACCAACAAACUAUCAUGGUCCGAACACACCAAGACAGUCGUGAAGAGGGCACGACAAAGCCUAUUCCCCCUCAGGAGACUGAAAAGAUUUGGCAUGGAUCCUCAGAUCCUCAAAAAGUUCUACAACUGCACCAUUGAGAGCAUCCUGACUGGUUGCAUCACCGCCUGGUAUGGCAACUGCUCUGCCUCCGACCGCAAGGCACUACAGAGGGUAGUGCGUAUGGCCCAGUACAUCACUGCGGCCAAGCUUCCUGCCAUCCAGGACCUCUAUACCAGGCGGUGUCAGAGGAAGGCCCUAGAAAUUGUCAAAGACUCCAGCCACCCUAGUCAUAGACUGUUCUCUCUGCUAUCGCACGGCAAGCGGUACCGGAGCGCCAAGUCUAGGUCCAAAAGGCUUCUUAACAGCUUCUACCCCCAAGCCAUAAGAUUCCUGAACAGCUAAUUAUGACUACCCGGACUAUUUGCAUUGUCCACCCUACCCCCUUUUUUUUACGCUGCUGCUUCUAUGUUUAUUGUCAAUUCUUAGUCACUUUAACUCCACCCACAUGUACAUAUUGCCUCAACUAACCAGUGCCCCCGCACAUUGACUACGUACCGGUACCCCCUGUAUAUAGCCUCCCUACUGUUAUUUUAUUUUACUGCUGCUCUUUAAUUUUUUUUUUUACUUAACCAACAAUGCAGUUUUAAGAAAAAAAGUCUUAAGGGCUUGUAAGUAAGCAUUUCACUGUAAGGUCUACACCUGUUGUAUUCGGUGCAUGUGGCAAAUAAAAAUUGAUUUGAUUUGAAGAGCCUUGGAAUAAAAGCUGGAAUUAAAGCCUGCAACAUCCAGUAGCUCUCCAGGACCAGAGUUGGAGGCCCAUGCUAUACGCUCAUACUGUUCUCUCCUCCCAUCCCGCUCUGUAGCACACCCUCCUGAGUUCUAUGAGGAGGUGGCUGAGACUCUGGACAGGAUUGCUCAGCGGUCCCACGGUAUGAAGAGACCCCAAAGGUCCAGCCCACGGCCCAGCCCUGCUACCACCCCGGUCAAACCUCCCCCUGGUGAGUGGAAACACACACACAUGCUAUCUUGCUUUAUGGCUAUUUUCUAUUUUUAGCCAUCUAUCCAUCUCUCCUGUCCUCAGAACCUGACAAAGAAGAAAUUGUGCGCCAGCUGGUCCAGGUACUGUCUAUGGAAGGGGACGCCAUCAACUACAAGGUAAGGCUUCUGGUGUAGAUCUAGAUCACCUGACAAUGCAUUUAUUAACUACAUACACCUUUACUACCUACACUGUUACUAACUACCUACACCCUUAGUAACUACAUACACUUUUUACUACAUACACCUUUACUAACCUUUACUAACAACAUUCACUUUUACUAACUACAUACCCUCGUAUGGUGUGCUCCUACAUACCCCCCCCUCCCCCAGAUCCAGUCGGACCCCUUCCUGCGCUCCAAGCUGACCCGUCUAUCAUACCCGUCCUUUGCCAAGCUCCUGGACACCUUCGCCAGCCAGGAACAGGCCACGCCCUCACCUCUGCCACCGCCCACCAGCAGCCCCACGUUGAGACGAGUGGCCGUCACCAUGGAGGUGUCGCGGCGUGUUGUCACGGCGACAGGGACGCAGCGCAUGCAAGGCUACGCAGAGCGCUAUAUGGAGAACUUUGCCCCCUGGGUGGAGAGCCAUGGAGGAUGGGUGAGUGCUCCAACUGCCCUGUCCCUAUCAGAACUCUCUCUAUUCAUCUCUAAAUCCUUUUUUGCAAAAUGCAAGUUAGCCCUAACUUUUCAAACAGAUUUAGCUUACUUUGUUUUCCAUUUCUCCUAAACAGCUAAAUAUGUCAAGAAUAUAUACAUGUAUUUGAUAAGAGUAACCUGUUUGGUUGGUUGUUUAGCAACAAAACCGACACGUGCGCAACGAUAGGGCAAAACAGACUGUGUUCGCUUAGAUUGUUGACAUGUAAACUAUUUUGUCUCCAAUGUUUAUUGGAAACAUAAAUAAAGUUGCACAAUGAGAACUUUUUGUGUUGUUGGUUAGCUAGCUAGUGAAUUCUGGCCAUAUUAGCAUAGAAGUGACAUCAGUCAAAACACCUCAAAACAAGACAUGAUAUCAAGAACAAGAUAAAACUAGCUGAAACGAGACACCUACAAUUCCCCACAUGGGAUCUUCCUGUCAUUGUUGCUAGCCUUCUGGCCAUCCAGAAUCGCAACAACACACGGACUUCAGCCCCAUUGAAGCAUGUGCAUCGUUUUCGUGACAUUGUCAGCUAACAUUUUAAAAACAAAUUAAAAUGUUGACGUUGGCGACCCCUGUCUGUUCUAAAGUUUUAAAGGGUGUUUCCAAACACAACCACCAGGAGGCAGAAGAAGUCACUGACCACAGCAGGCACCUGGUGCUGAUUGUCCCUCAAUUUCUAAUCCCACAUCUCCCAUUUUCCAUCUGCAGGAAAUUAUUGUCCAGUUGGAAGAGUACGACUGACAACUCUACACCGUCAAGGCAGCUCGGAAAUCGGAAGCCCUCACUACUUCCUUUGAGCGGUGAACACAUGAAUACUGUAUGAACUCUAACCUAUGACUAGGGCCUGGAGUUGUUUCCGAUCAGGUCAGGUAGAACUCAGGGUCCUUCCUAUGACCUCAGAGUCUCUCCUGUGGUGAGAGACGGAGAAGGCAUUAGCUUUUUAUUACACAACCACACGUGAAGUUUGCCACUAUUGUAUUUAUUUCUGAGAAUCAUGUGUACUUGUACAAUUCUUUUUUUAAAUCAGUUUUUCUAUAAAUGUGUUUUACAAAAAAAAAAAAGUGUACAGUGUAGUCAUUGUUUUGGUUUGGGUUUCAUUACUUGGUGUUAUGACUGGAGAUCAUAAUUUAAUAGCAUACUUUGAAAGUCCAUUUAUAAUGAUAUGUGAUCUAUAUUUCAUUAGAAUGAUGAACCCUGUUGCAAGUCAAUGACCUCUUCAGUUGUUUAUUGGACUGAAUAAGUAUAUGAAAGCUUACGCUUGUCUCAAAACUAUAAGAGAAGUGAAUUCAUACCGACAACACCUCAUACGCACAAUAUGGAAAACAAGUUUCAACUAUUACCACAUUCAUAAUCAGAGAUUCGUACAUUUGGUUAAGUGUAUUUUACAAAAUGUGCAAGUUCACAACAAC